AUGCCUCCAUCUCGAGUAACAGCAAUUCUUCUCUUUCCGCGCGCGACCCUCUCUCCCUCCCCUUCAACAUACCGGAGCAUCUCAACCCAACCCCUCCGACCGCAAUUACACCCACGCCAACAACAACAACAAUUCACAAAACCAACCAUAUCCUCAUUCUCAACCAGCAAUCCAACCCGGGCGCGCGAACAAAACUUCUACGAAAUCCUCGACAUCCCCACAACCGCAUCAUCAGCGGAGAUCAAGAAACAAUUCUACGCCCUCUCAAUGCGCCACCACCCAGACCGCAACCGCACCGACCCAGACGCAAGCCAACGCUUCGCCCGCAUUUCCGCCGCCUACAACGUCCUCGGCAACGACUCAAAGCGCGCAGUCUACGACCGCGACCACGGCUUCCACAGCGCGCACCACGCCUCCCCAGGCCAAAGCCACAGCCACCAACACCCGAUGGGCAGCCACAGCAGCUACGCCGGCUCACGGCCCGCCAGCGGGCUGAGCAAGCGGCGCUCAGCGUUCCACGGUCCGCCGCCUAGUUUCUACGAGCAGGGUGGGUAUGGUGCUACGGGGAGGCAGGCGCAGGGUCGGGCGCCUGCUGGUGGUGCUUCGGAAUUCGGGGCUAGCGCUGGCGCUGGGACGAAACAGGAUGAUCCGGAGGAUUGGGAGGGGUUUAUUCACCGGAAUCCGUUGCAUCAUUUCAAUGCUCAGAGUCAUUUCCGGACGCAGGCGGCGGAGGAUAGGAGGAGGAGCAAUAGGAGGCAGGGAGCUAGGAGGAUUGAUGAGGAUGAGGUUGAUCCUAGGGUUGAUCAGACGAUUUCGAGGUUCUUUCUUUGUUCCGGUUGUCUAAUUGUUAUGCUUGUUGUGGUGGACUUUUGGCGGUCGGUUCCCAAUGCUGUUGAUGGGAGGAAGACGAGGAAGCAGCAGAAGGGGGCUUUGUCUUCUUGA